AUGGAGAUAGAUGAUAAGAAUGGCAAUCACAAGAGAGACUUGGAUGAGUCGAUGAAUGGUGAUGAUGAUUCUUCACCUGUAUCAAAGAACAAAGAGAAGAGAUCAAAGCAUAAGCAUCAUCGUCAUCAUGAUGAUGAAGAGUCAUCACCAACUACAUCUACAACAACGACAACUACAACAACUACUACAACUACAUCAACUACAUCACCUACACCUUCACCAUCAAUAUCAAUGUCAAUGUCAACAUCACCUCAGCUUGAGAUUGAUCAACCCAAGCUACACCAACAACCUCAACAACAACCUCUACAACCUCAACAACCUCCACAACAAAUGAUAUUACAAUCUGAUUUCUCAACGAUAACUGAAUGUUCAUGGUAUAGACCUAACGAGAUAUCAGAGUUUGAGCGUAAUAAUAUGGUCGAGUUCUUUAGAGGCGACUCACCAAUCAAGACACCAGAGUCAUACAAAGAGUACCGCGACUUUAUGAUCAGCACGUACAACCAGAACCCAUACCAGUACCUCACGCUGACAGCCGUCCGUCGCAACAUUGUCGGCGACGUCUGCUCAAUAAUGCGCGUUCACGCCUUCCUCGAGCAGUGGGGCCUCAUCAACUACUACGUCAACCCAGACAGCGGCGCGCUCGUCCCCACACCGCUCUCAGUGGCCGUCGCCAACAAGAGGCCGGACGGCGCGGCCGGCGACGAGUGGUCCGAUCAAGAGACCCUGCUCCUAUUGGAGGCCAUCGAUACAUUCGGCGACAGCUGGUCGGAUGUGGCCAAUCAUGUGGUCACCAAGUCAAAGGAGCAGUGUCUGAUGCACUUUCUGCGAUUGCCCAUCGAGGACACAUUCCUUGAGGACAACUUCAAUCGAGCCGUUGAGUAUAGGAAGCAGCUGACGAACAAUGAACAACAACAACAACAACACGACGUUGUCAAAACCAUCGAGUUCUUGUCGCGAUCAGUCAAUGCCAAUGUAUGUCGCGCGGCAACAGACGCAGCUAACAAGGAGCUGAGCAAAACACACAAGAUAGACGUUGAGUCAUCCAAAGAGAUUCAAUCCCUUGUAUUCCACGUCAUCAAUGAUCAGGCCAAGAAGCUAGACACCAAGCUAAAGUACUACUCUGACCUGGAGGAAUCUUUGGACAAGGAUAGGAUAAUGUUGGAGAAAUCACGUCUGGCGGUAUUUGCAGAGAGACUACAGUUGUUGAAGGCAACCACACAGUCCAAUCAAUCAAUGGAUACAAGUGCUGUGGAUAGUAGCAACGAUGACAUUUCAAUGGACUUGACUGAUAUGCCAUCGACAAUGACAACAUCAUCGGAGCCCCCAAUGACUACAGCGACAACAGCGACUACAACGACUACAACAGAGACACCAAUCACAAUGAUACCAACAGACGCAUCUAUGUUAACAGCAGAUGGCAAUAACAAUGCAAUGAACGUGUAA